CGAGGCUGGAUUUUUCUCCCGCCGGAAUUUGGAGUUUCCUCAGAGGAGUGUCGGGCUGCGAAGUGGACACUUAAGAAAACAUUGAAAAAAUGGUGCCCUCUGGAAGAAAAUAUUCCGGGAAGUCUGCGAAACCAUCUGUGGGGGAUCAGGCUAUAAGAGCCUAUGAAUUUGAGCAAGAAGACAAAAAAGAUCUGAGUGGUUCAGAGGAGGAUGCUGUUGAAGAGAAGACCCAAAUACUUGAGAAACAUGGGAGGAAAAGGACUUCUGCAGUAGUUGAAGAUAUGGGGGGUGAAGUACAGAAUAUGCUGGAAAGAUUUGGAGCUGAUAUUAACAAGUCUCUUCUUGCUAAGAGAAAGAGACUAGAAAUGUAUACCAAGGCUUCUCUCAAAACCAGUAACCAGAAACUUGAAAAUGUUUGGAAAACCCAACAAGAGCAAAGGCAGAAGCUUAACCAAGAAUAUUCUCAGCAGUUUCUGACUUUGUUCCAGCAGUGGGAUAUGGAUAUGCAGAAAGCUGAGGAACAAGAAGAAAAACUUGCUAAUCUGUUUCGACAGCAACAAAAGGUUUUCCAACAGUCUAGAAUUGUUCAGAGCCAGAGACUGAAAACAAUUAGACAAUUGUGUGAGCAGUUCAUAAAGAGUAUGGAGGACUUGGAGAAGAAUCAUGAAAAUCUACUUACUGGUGCACAAAAUGAACUUAAAAAAGAAAUGGCUUUGUUGCAAAAAAAAAUUAUGAUGGAAACUCAGCAGCAAGAGAUGGCAAGUGUCCGAAAGUCUCUUCAAUCCAUGUUAUUCUGAUGACUCUUUGAAGGAAGAACUUGAACCUAAGUAAUAUGAUAUAACAUUAGCUAAUAAGUCGUUAGAGUGAUUUAAGAUUCUAGUUUAAAAUAUUAUAUCGUAUUAAUCAUUAGCUUAAGUGCAAGACCAUUCUUUUUGUUCACCUCCAAAUAUGAACUUAUGUGAGGAGCAGCAAUCCCUAAAGUAUAUGUACCACUGUGCUUCAGCUCUUUAAUAGUACUAGUGAUAAUAGCAGUAGUGAAUUUUUCUGACAUUUGUCAUUUAACUUUU